AUGGCGGAGGAGGAGGAGGAGGAGGAGGAGGAGGAGGUGAAUAAAGAAUAAAGGGACGUCUGACGUUCUGUCGACCUCUACCAUGAGAUACGAAGGCACACAACGUUAAACCAAAGUUGUCUGAGUGUCUUAGGAAGAAGCAGGUAUUUGGAGUAAACUAUUAAAAUGAUUAUAAACUGCGGGGUAUUGCUCGGAAACUGAUAGUCUAACAGUCAUCAGGUGAAGGCCGGGCCUCGGGAGCUCCAGCGGUGAGUUCACGUGACAGAAGUAGUAGGUCUUUCACUUUCUUGCAGGCGUAGACUACGCCUAGCGUCCAUUUGCUGGCACCCAACUCUCACAUAUGGCUCCUCGAAGCUAGGCUCUGCCUAGCGGUCACACCCUGGUAACUGCCUCGGCCGGCGAGCUAAACCAUGUGAGGGUAUCCGUUUGUGCGUCCUCGCGCACGGCGAUCGAAGUUGGCCUGAUGGAUCACCUCAUCGGCAUCGCCGAGACGAGGCUCUGUCGGGAACAUCGUAGGAGGCCACAAGGUAAGUGAACGUUGCUCUGCUGCCUUUGCCUCGCUUGUUCUUGUUUUCCUGCUAUCGUGUCUGUCUUUGAUAAAAUCCAACUGCCGUUCUGUGAAUCUCCUCUGUUGCCUUUGCUUUUGUUAUUCUUAUCUGCUUGCGUUUUGUCUGCUUGUUCGUGUCUGUCCCGAAUAUAAGCUAAAUGCCCUUCUGCUGGAUUUUUAUGCUCACUGCUUCUAUGUCAGCAACUAUUUUGGUCGAGAGAGGACGGGAAAGCUCUGCAUCCCGUCUCUCUACCCUUGCCCUUCAGCUUACGCGAUGUCAUAGGCAGUCCGGGGCUAACUCGGGUCGCUCUCCAACUAAACAAAGACGUGGCCCAUAGUGGUGUUCGGCAGCCGCCUGACACAUCUGAGCGACCCUAUAUAGGGAUAGUACUGCUCGCCCAAGCGAGGGGGACGGAGCUAGAAAAGAUUCCCUAAACAAAUGCUGGGAUCACCUCCUCCGCGCCCUGACCGAGGCCCGCAAACGCGAAACACACGGUAGAAAUAACCAAGAAAGAAACCACACACGCUCUCUUCGCCCACCCUCCUCCCCGACGCCCCACUCGCAAGACUGGUGGGGUUAGUCCGCUCACUCUGGCAGCCUGGAAUAUUCAUUCCCUUUUAAACAAUCCGAAAAAUACCCGACGGCGAUAGUGGUUCAGAAACUGGCGCGUUACAAGGUGGACAUCGCUGCACUCAAAGAGACCUGGUUCUCCGAACAAGGCCAACUGGAGGAGAUGGGUGCCGGUUACACCUUCUUCGGGAGUGUUCGCUCCUAGGCAAAGCAACGGGACACGAGAGUCGCCUUUGCCAUCCGGAAUGACGUCGUGGGUCGACUGCCCUGUCUGCGCAGGACAUCAACAGUCGCCUGGUGAGCCUGCGCCUGCCCCUUCGGGGAGGCAAAUUCGCCACUAUCAUCAGCGCCUACGUUCCGCCGAUGACCAGCCCUAGUAAGGCGAGGAACAAAUUCUACGAGGAGCUGCACGCCCUCCUAGCGACUGUGCCGAAGGUGGACACGUUGAUUGUCCUCGGUGACUUCAAGCCCCCGUGUCGGCACAGACCAUGCUGCCUGGACAGAAAUGCUGGGACCCCUUGACCUCAACGGCUCCAGUGACAAUGGUCUGUUUCUCCUACGAACCUGCGCAGAGCAACGGCUCAUUCUGACGAACACCUUCUUUCGCCUUCCAAUACGAGAGAUGGUCACCUGGAUGCAUCCUCGAUCGCGUCAGCGGCACCUGCUGGAUUAUGUCCUCGUCCGCAAGUGAGAUCAGCGGGACGUGCUGGUGAAAGAGGCGAUUCCGGGUGCUGACGGGCGGACCGACCAUCUCCUCAUCAUCUCGAAGAUGCGUAUUCGCCUACAGCCUCACAGGAGACUUCAAGGGAAGCGCUUCCCAGGCAAGCUGCAUAUUUCUCUGUUGUCUUUGCCCGCUAACGAGCGAUCUCAACGACUAGCCAAACUUCCAGUCGCCACCGCCGCCGCCGCCACCGAGGAGAACGCCUCCGUGGUGAACCGAUGGUGCCAACUGCAGGACACAGUCCAGUCGACAGCCCUGGUUGUCCUCUGUCACGCAGGUAACCAACAUUAGGAAUGGCUUAGUGAAAAAGACGUUGCCAUCAGCAACCUACUCGCCGAUAAGAAUCAUCUGCACAAAACCUGCGUAAACCGCGCCGCCGGCGACAAAAAAGCAGAUUUCCACCGUAGUCGUCGCCUCGUUCAACAGCGGCCGCGCGAGACGCGGGACGCCUGGGCGGCUCGCAAGGCCGAGGAGAUCCAAGGAUAGACGGACCGUAACGAUUUGAAGAACUUAUUCGCCGCGAUCAAGGCUGUCUAUGGCCCCACAACAAAAGCAACUGCUCCUCUUCUCAGCGCCAACGGCAGUACCCUACUCACUGAGAUGACACAAAUUUUACAGCCAUGGGCCGAGGUCUUCAGAGGCGUCCUCAACCGUCCAACCACCAUCGCCCGUCUGCCUCAAAUGGACACCAAUGUCGACCUUGACCUCCCGCCCUCUCUCUGCGAAAACAUCAGGGCCGUGCAACAGAUCUCUAGCAGGAAAGCGUCCGGAUCAGACGCGAGCCCUGCUGAAAUCUACAAGCACGGUGGCUCGCACCUCAUGGAUCAUCUGAUUAAGCUCCUCCAAGAGAUGUGGCGUCAAGGGAAAGUCCUUUAGUAUUUCAAGGACGCCCCAAUCGUGCACCUUUAUGGGCGAAAAAAUAACUGCCAAAUCUGCGACAACCACCAAGACAUUUCGCUGCUGAACAUCGCCAGGAACAUCUUCGCUCGCAUUCUUCUCAACCGCCUGAACAACCACCUGGAGCAAGGUCUCCUGCCCGAAAGCCAGUGCGGCUUCCGUCGUCAUCGUGAGACCACGGAUACGAGCUUCGCCGCCCGUCAACUGCAGGAGAAGUGUCAGGAGAUACGAACCCACCUGUACUCUACCUUCGUGGAUCUGACGAAAGCCUUCGAUACGGUGAAUCAUGAAGGACUGUGGAAAAUCAUACAGAAAUUCGGCUGUCUCGAAUGA